UCGGCCAACCCCCAUCGCCCGCUGCUCUCCUCCUCUUCGUCCUCCUCGUCUGUUCACUCCGGCCGGGCUCUGUCCUCGAUCCUGCGCCCAUCUCCAUCUGAAUCCCAGCUAGCGUGCCACCAGAGGAGAGGAGAGGAGGGAGAUGGCCGGAGGCGGUGACAGCUCCCAGACGAACGGAGCUCGCGACCAGAGGGCCAUGGAGGAGGGGAGGAAGGACGAGUUCGCCGGCGAUCGGGGCUGCGGCGCCGCCAUCUCCAUUCCCUUCGUUCAGAAGAUCAUCGCGGAGAUCUUCGGCACCUACUUCCUCAUCUUCGCGGGGUGCGGCGCGGUGACCAUCAACGCGAGCAAGAACGGCGCCAUCACGUUCCCGGGGGUGGCCAUCGUGUGGGGGCUGGCGGUCAUGGUGAUGGUGUACGCCGUCGGCCACAUCUCCGGCGCGCACUUCAACCCCGCCGUCACCUUCGCCUUCGCCACCUGCGGCCGCUUCCCGUGGCGGCAGCUGCCGGCGUACGUGCUGGCGCAGAUGCUCGGCUCCACGCUUGCCGCCGGCACGCUGCGCCUCAUGUUCGGCGGCCGCCACGAGCACUUCCCCGGGACGCUCCCCACCGGCUCCGACGUGCAGUCGCUCGUCAUCGAGAUCAUCACCACCUUCUACCUCAUGUUCGUCAUCUCCGGCGUCGCCACCGACAACAGAGCCAUCGGGGAGCUGGCAGGGCUGGCCGUGGGCGCAACCAUCCUGCUCAACGUGCUCAUUGCCGGGCCCGUGUCCGGCGCGUCGAUGAACCCGGCUCGUAGCGUGGGCCCCGCGCUGGUGAGCGGGCAGUACCGGUCCAUCUGGGUGUACCUGGUGGGCCCGGUGGUGGGGGCCGUGGCGGGGGCCUGGGCCUACAACCUGAUCCGCUUCACCAACAAGCCCCUCCGCGAGAUCACCAAGAGCACCUCCUUCCUCAGGAGCAUGAGCAGGAUGAACUCCACCGCCGUCUGAUCCGCCACCUCCUAAUCGUAUUCAUCUCAACCGCGACCCCACCAGCCAGAGCUGAUGUGGCACGUGGGGCCUGGGGGUAUUUCAGUAAUCUAUCCACCUGUGAGAGUGUAUAUGCUGCUAUAUAUGUGAGUGUGUGACAGUGUGUGUGGAGGACAUGGGGAAUGAAGGGUUGAUCAGAAUCAGGUGGUGACUGUUGUUAGCUGAUGUGGCAGUGGUGUCCAUGUACGCCUGUUUCGAUAACUCGAAUUAAUCAUCAGUGUUGGUGAGACAUGUCAUCAUCCCCCAUGCUUAACUUUACUGUUCAUGGACC